AUGUGCAUGCCCAUUCUCGAGAAUGCGUGAUUUUCAAGAAUGGGCACAACAUUACUUCUGCAGAAUUUGUUCUGCAGCGGUACAUCAUCCCCCUAUCAACUGUUUUAUACACGUGCUUCACAGAGCACCGAGUCUCAGCUGCACCCUUGGUUUGUAAACGGCAUGUAUCCCUGUACAGCAUGUGUUCUGCACUGUUCUGCAAAUACUACACACAAUUAUUAUACGACGGCACAAACAGUUCUUUCUGUGCUUGUUGGAAGGUUUACAGUGAAGCAAAUGUCGUGGGGAGGUCAACAGCCAGCGUACAAUCCAAACUAUCAAGCCCAUGGGCAACGCCCCCCAAUGCAGGGCUAUCACCCAUCCCAACCACCACCCCAUCAGAUGAGUUAUGGAGCCCCUCAACACGGGUAUGGAGCUCCUCCCCCUCAGUAUAACCCUCAGCAAUAUCCUGCAGCCACUGGUCAACAGCCUGGAUAUCAACAGCCUGGAUAUCAACAGCCUGGUAUGCCACCAGGAGCAGAUCCAACACUGUGGCAUUGGUUUCAGGCUGUUGAUGCUGACCAUAGUGGGUCUAUAUCUGCAACAGAACUAAGACAAGCCCUGGUCAAUGGCAACUGGUCCCACUUUAAUGAAGAAACAUGCAGGUUGAUGAUUGGCAUGUUUGAUAAAGACAGAAAUGGAACAAUAAAUUUUAGCGAGUUUGCUGCGCUGUGGAAGUAUAUCCAAGACUGGAAAAGUUGCUUUGAAAGGUCAGUAAUUGAUUUUGUAACUAUAGAAUAUAAAGGCAGAAUGAGACAACUGUACAUUUGUACUUACUCAAUAUUGUGAUUUUAAAGCAUAUAU